GGAUGAAGAAGGAAACCAACAUGAAGAAUCAACAUCAACUACAGAUGGAGAGACAGAAUCAACAUCAACUACAGAUGAAGAGACAGACCCACAGAACAGACAUCAGAAGAAGGGAAGAGACAGAAGUCAUGUCCAAAGUGUGGACAGCUCUCACAUGUCAGAAAGUCAGUGUGACUCUGAUGUUAGAAUAAGCUUCAAGAAGGCGAUCUUUGUUAAGAAAUGGAAACAACGUUUAAACAAAAAAAGACUUUCUUCUGUAAAGUCUGGUGAAAGCUCAAAAAUUGUUAGUAAUCUUUUUGUCACCACGAAAAAUGAAUCUAAUGACAGACUUUAUGUUUGUACAGAAAGUAAAAAAAGUUGUGGUAACGGGUCAAAGUUCGGAACGCACACGAGAACCCACUCAGGAGAGAAGCCUUUUUCUUGUGAAGAAUGUGAUAAAUCUUUUAGUUUUGUCUAUAAUCUCAAAACACACAUGAAAACUCACUCAGGAGAGAAGCCAUUUUCUUGUAAAGAAUGCAAUAAAUGUUAUAGUUAUCUAUCUGCUUUCAAAAUGCACGUUAGAACUCACACAGGAGAGAAGCCUUUUUCUUGUAAAGAAUGCGAUAAAAGUUUUAGUUAUCCAUCUGCUCUGAAAAUGCAUGUUAGAUCUCAUACAGGCGAGAAGCCUUUUUCUUGUAAAGAAUGUAAUAAAAGUUUUAGUUCUCUAUCUGCUCUGAAAAUGCAUGUUAGAACUCAUACAGGAGAAAAGCCUUUUUCUUGUAAAGAAUGCGAUAAAAGUUUUAACUACAAAGCUAAUCUCAAAACACACAUGAGAACUCACACAGGAGAGAAGCCUUUUUUGUGUGUAGAAUGUGAUAAAAGUUUUCGUUGUGGGUCUAAUCUCAAAACACACAUGAGAACUCACACAGGAGAGAAGCCUUUUUUGUGUGUAGAAUGUGAUACAAGUUUUAGCACUACAUUUAGUUUCAAGAGGCACAUGAGAACUCAUACAGGAGAGAAGUCUUUUGUGUGAAAAGAAUGUUAAACAGAUUUUAGUGAUGUAUCUAGUCUCAAAAUACACUUUUUUGUGUAAAGUACUCUAUGAACUGUUAUAAGAGGAAGAUGAGACGUCAGACUCAAUGAAGAUGACCUAACGUCAGCUUUCAAACCUGCCUGAUCUUUCAUUAAAUGUACACAGGCUGAUGGCCUCCACAACACACUGAUUUAGUUAAAAAGAGGCACAAGUGAUUAUUGAAUACAUAGAAGUGAGCAGUUUUCUGAACUCCGACAUGAGUGCUAAAUACAUUAUUUUUUUAUUUAUCUAAUUUAAUAUUCUAAUUUUCGAAGACAUAAUUUUUUAGGUGUUCUAAACGCCACUAUGAUCCUAUAUCUGAAAUGAGUGGUACUUUUUAAGAUAUGUAACUUGUUCAUGAAAUUGAUUCUUUUAUAUAUACCUUUAAAAAUAAAUUCUUUGUUUUAAAUAUUCAAUCAGUUUUUAGUACUUUAUUCUUGUUUGUAUUUGUUAUUUUUUUCACAAAAAGUGGACUGUUUGUUACGUGGUGCAUCACAUUGUCACAAUAACAUAACGCGGCAGUGGAGCCAGCUCUGACUUCGACUGCAACGGCAAAGAAAAGUGAUACAUAUGCUGAUCGUCACAACAGGUUAAAGGGGGUUGGGGGGGGCGCGAAACAUUUUCUUUUUCCUAGGGGGGGCCUGGCAAAAAAUAAUUGAGAAGCACUGCUGUAGAUAAUCAAUUUUUAAUCAACGCUCAUCAAGUAUUUACCCGGACCAUGGUAUAAGCCAGGGGUCGGCAACCCAAAAUGUUGAAAGAGCCAAAUAGGACGAAAAAAACAAAUAUGUGUGGAGCCGC